UAGACAGACUAUCGAUAGCAUCAUAUCGCUGCCCGCCAAAAACAGCAGUUGUUGCUUUGGAGCUGUGAGAUUUUGUUUAUUAAACUUGCGAAUAAAGAUAUAAUGCCAUGCGCCAUGGAUUUGCCAACCACGCCCGAUGAACUGUCCGCCCAGAGCAUGGAAGGCACCGUCUUGAAGGAUUUGCUCAAGGAUUCCAGCCGCUGGCACUCGAUUCCCCUUCUAAACUACACACCACUCCAUAAGCUGAAGGAUCAAACAUUAGUACGCUUCCGGGGCAUGAUUCAGGACAUGAUGGACCCGGAGAUCUACUUGGAACGGUACGAGGUGAAGUCCUCUGAUGGCAGCAAACGUCUGCAGGACGGCAAGUUCCGAGACUGCCUGCGUUUGGCGCCAGGCGAGGAGAUAGACUACAAUGCUGAAGGAAAUGUGCAUGGUGAGCGUCGCACCCUGUUUGUUGUUUCCGUGCCGGGAUUGAAUGACUGGAGUAAAGAGCAUGAGAAACAGUGUGCUCCGCAGAUGGAGUUGGUUGCUGGACAGGCUCAGUCUCCAACUUCAGUAGCCAAGAAACGUACUCUGGAAGAGCAAGAAGGCAUGGAUGUAGACGACACGGAUGAGGGCACUUUAAAACGUCAGCGUUUGGAAAAGAUUUCAGGCACUGAAGUCGCAUCCGCAUCUGCACCAUCACUUGGCUCUGAGUACCUGCUAAACUCCCCCUUGCCCGAUCGGCCCAGUAUGGCCUGCAUGGUGAAAGUAUAUGAGGACUUCGAUGCCUAUCAACUUAACUCCCUUGUGGACUUCGUGGGCUUCUUGUCGGUGGAUCCUUCUCUAGACGCCGCCACCCUUGACGUCGAGGGCUAUGAAAGCUUAAGCGAGCUGCAGGCGGCUCACCCAUCGCCUUUUCUCAUUCCCCGUCUGCACGCCUUUGGAGUCAAAGUGCUGCCGCAUGCCAAUCCGCUGCUAGACGAAAGUUUGCGGCAGCCUCCCGAUGCCUGCGAAGACCCCAACCCUUCCCAGCUCACAGUACACAAGGAUUUGCGCAUGCUGUUAAAGCUUUGCUUAUUCGACGACGAUCUCGCCGCUGAAUAUCUCCUCUCCCAUUUAAUUUCGACAGUCUACAGCCGUACCGAUAUGCAAAGCAUUGGAAAGUUUGCGUUGAACUUGUGCAACCUUCCCAAGGAAUCUGUCCAGGAGUACACAACGAAGCUGUAUCAAGUAUUGGAGUUGCUCCUGCCGGCCAGCCACUACCUGCCCAUGACGCUGGAUUUGAUGAAUACGGCUGCCUUUGCUCCCAAAAAGGACUACGAAACCAAUAAACUUGUCUCUGGUCUCCUGCAGCUCGCCCCACACACACAUCUAGUGCUCGAUGAGACCUCCCUACAACAAGGCAAGCUGGAAGCUAGCGGCGUUCACGCGGUUCAGCACUUGGCUCACCUUAUCAACAACCAGGAACUGAAAUGCGACUUUCAGUAUUACCACAUCGACUAUCAAGCAAACAUUCCCGUCCUUGUGCUGAGUGAAGGGCGAAGUAUGUUGCCGAGCGACUUUGUUGUUCCCAUAAACGCCGACGCUAAGGCCGUAGAACUGCUCGAUGAAUCUCUUAAGGCAGCUCAUCAUUACCUUCAACCGUCGCGCCUUCAACAGUUCCGAAAGUACCUCACUACGGCACGGAUUAGUCCUUUUAACGUCAGCGACGAACACACAGAAAUGAUCCAGAAUGACUUUGUGGACAUGCGGAAAGCGAAUGUGAAGAGCAACGCAGACGACUUGCAUGGGUUACUGGUCUUAUCACGGCUACUGGGCAUCGCUCGCGGAAAGGAGUCUCUAGAUAAGGAAACCUGGCAGCUGGCCACAGAGUUUGAGGCAAAGCGACGUCAAAGGCUUCAAUCUCUUCCCAAGUCUGCGCAAACAAGAAACUGAAACAUUUCAUUAUUCUACAGGUCCCUUGGAUUGUUUUUCAUAAAAUAAAUUAUUUUCAUAUAAAA